ACCCCUUUGUCAGACUUGUUUCUUCCGUAGUGCAUCGAGCUUUACAACAUGCUUCGUUCUCGAGAACGGCCCAGUUCUACCAUUAGACCAUCUAUACAGGCACUUGCCGAGGGCGCAAUGAGGGGGACGCAGAGAAGGGGGCUGCUUCACCACCACAAAGCACCUGCUCACAACGCCCUGAGCAUCAUGCAGUUUCAGGCCGAGAAGAAUAUCGCUGGACUGGAACAACCUCCAUAUCAACCUGUUUUAACUUCAUGUGAAUUUUAUCUUUUCCCCAAGUUCAAGGGGAUCUUCAAGGGAACCUGUUUUGAAGGCGCAGAGGCCAUCAAGAAGGCCGCAAGGGAGCUGAGGGGCAUCCCAGAAGAACCUUUCCAGCAGUGCAUAGAAGCAUGGCAGAGGAGGAUGGAAAAGGGCAUUCGACUCAAAGGAAGUUAUUUUGAAGGGAAAACCAUGUAGUUUGUUGUUUGAAGUUGAAAUAAAUUGUUUCUUACCUUUCAGACAAAGCUCGUAUGUGCUACCCGUUUAUCUCAAAAUGAACAUCAAUUAAACAUUAUCUAAGGUCAACAUUAGUGCAAAAAUGGUUGGGUUGGCAGCAUGGCUGCUUCACUAGAUCGGAAAGAGUAACUUUCUUUGUACAACAAAAAGCAAAAAAAAAAAAAAAGAGAUUUAAAGCUUCAGUUUGAGGACUAAAACCUACCAAUUAAUUGCUGACUAUGUUAUAAUUACUUGACAGUUGGCGGACUGGAAGGGUA